AAGCGUCUUAUUCCGUUUGCAUCUGCCAUCGCGUGCGUGACUAAGAAGAAAGCAAAAGAUUUCAAGUGAGAUUCGAACGAUCACUCGUUGAUAGUUUUGUUAAAUAUCAAUAAUUUCUGAUGUAACGUUCCGUAUUGGAUAAUAAACGGCAGAUGAGAUGGAAUUCUCAAUUUUCCUAGUGACUCUUUCCUUGUCAGUACUGGCUCUGGAAAUAACAGCCGAGAAAAAAGUCAUCUGCUACUUCGCGAGUUGGUCCCAAAACCGCGCAGGGAAGGGAAAAUUCACAGUCGCUGACAUCGAUGCAUCCAUUUGCACGCAUUACAUCUGGAGUUUUGUAAAUAUAGAAGACAAUAAGAUCGUCAUCUCCAAGGGAAACGGUAGCAAUGGAAUCCGUGAGUUUGUUGCUCUGCAUUCACGGAAUCCUGAGGCUAAGCUGCUCGUCGCUGUAGGUGGAGCUGCAAACAGUGUUGGUGCUAAUUACUCCAAGAUGGUGUCCACCAAGCAAUCACGAAAUGAAUUCAUCGACAGUGCUGUGGAUGUUUUGAAAGAGUACAAUCUCGAUGGGCUCGAUAUAGACUGGGAGUACCCCGCGUUCAAAGGCGGUGUGCCUUCGGAUCGCGAGAACUUCGUUCUGCUCUUGAAGGAACUGAGGGAACGAUUCAAUCAAGACUAUCUGCUUACUGUAGCACUUCAUCCAGGAGAACGGAUCGCGAAGAAGGCGUAUGACAUUCCGGGGAUCAGUCAACACGUCGACUUUAUUAAUCUCAUGACGUACAAUUUCCAUGGAGCUUGGGAAAAUCGGACUGGUCAUCCGUCUGGUCUUCAUGGAAAUGGUCAAAUCUCAGUCGAAUCGUUGGUCAAAUACUGGCUGGAUAAAGGCAGCCCCAAGGAGAAGCUGAUAGUCGGGAUGACGGCGUACGGUAAAUCCUGGACCCUGUCUGACCCAAAUAGCCAUGGAGUCGGUGCCAAUGCUACUGGUGUCGGCCAACCUGGACUAUACACAAAAAAACCUGGCACUCUUGCCUAUUACGAACUCUGCGAACAAAUCAACGCGGGAAAAUUGACUGUCGUAUUUGAUGAACAAACGUACGCACCGUAUGCGUAUGGAGAUAAUCAGUGGGUUGGCUACGAAGAUAUCCGGUCGGCAAAAGGCAAAGCCAGUUUUAUCCAGAACAUGGGACUUGCUGGAGCCAUGCUCUGGACUAUUGAUCUAGAUGACUUCAGAGGCAGUUGUAACGACAAAUUUCCACUCCUAAAGAGUAUCAAUUCAAUUCUUCGGAAUUGAUUGAGUUCUGUGAAUACUAAGUGAAUUAAUUUCUCUUCCAAAUCUGUUCUGUUCUGUUUUGUAAUUUUUGUAAAGGGAAUUGAUUAAAACUUAUACGCAAAAUUAA